GGUUGGAUUCUGCAGCGAAAAAGUUGUCCCCCUUGCCCCCUUUUUUCUUCCUCCGGUUAUCUUUAUUCGUCGUGUUCACGAUUGCUCAUGCGUGCUUGGGUACCCUUAUGUGGUUAGGAGGCCAAUAAGCUGCAGUUUUUGGGUCCUUGGAGCUCAUUUCUUGUGGGAGGGGAUCAGGGGAACACUGCAUAUUCUCUGGUUGUUGAGUGAGGAUGGACCUGUCCACGACUUCAGUGCUGGCAGCCAAGGCCUACAAGUACAAAGCAGAGUCACUUGUUAAGGAGUACAUUCUUGCAGAUUCGUAUGUUUCAUACACUGCUGUACUAGGUGGGAUCCUGAUGUGCAAGAUGGCCUAUGACAUCACAAGCUUGAUCAGCUCAUUGUACUACAAGGGCUAUGGUUCACUUACAAAAAUCCAAAAGCUUGAGUGGAACAACAGGGGCAUGUCCACUGUCCAUGCGGUUUUCAUCACAGUCACGUCAGUGUACCUGGUAUUCUUCUCCAACAUAUUUUCUGAUCAGCUGGACGGACCAGUAACUUUUCGGAGUUCAAACCUAUCCAAUUUUACUCUGGGGGUUUCUGUUGGGUAUUUCAUCACUGACCUUGCUAUGAUACUCUGGGCGUAUCCUUCUCUUGGUGGAAUGGAGUAUGUUCUUCAUCAUAUGUUGUCGCUUAUUUCUAUAGUAUAUGCUAUGUAUUCUGGGGAAGGACAGUUAUACACAUACAUGGUUCUCAUCUCUGAAACAACCACACCCGGAAUCAACCUACGAUGGUUUCUUGAUACUGCUGGGUUGAAAAAAUCCAAGGCCUAUCUUGUCAAUGGUGUUGCAAUGUUUGUUGCUUGGCUGGUGGCACGGAUAAUUCUAUUCGUCUACUUGUUUUACCACAUCUACUUUCACUAUGAUCAGGUCAAGCAGAUGCACACUUUUAGCUGCAUUCUGAUAUUUGCUGUGCCCACAAUACUGCUUUUCAUGAACACAAUGUGGUUUGCCAAGAUCUUGAGAGGCCUCAAAAAGACGCUAGCCAAGAGACAGUGAAGAGAAGAAUGGCAACGCAAGCUCACAACAUCGACAGUCAUCCCUUCGUACAGCCACUUUACCACUACAUGCUCUUCCCAAGUAAAGCCGUCAACGCAGCUCGUAGCACAUGCUAAAGCAAUUGUACAUGAUUCAGAAAUACUCUCAACACAGCCUGAGAUUUUCCCUGGAUGCUCUGCCUUGUACAUAUGCAUGUCUGGUCAUGACCGAGGAUGGUUUUUCUGUGGAUCAGAUGCUUCUACGUCUUUAACAAUUUAGGUAGUAGUCUUCAUAUAGACCUAGAAAGGUUGAAAUUCCACGCUUCUGCUUACAGGUUUAAUAUGCGGUUCUUAUCGUUCUGAUUUCUGACUUGAGAAUCGUAGCCGGUGCAUUCUCUACCAGUACAAGCAAAGUUUGCUGGCAGUACCUCAUAUUCAGCAGUUCAGUUGUCAAGUUUGGUAAUUCUCAAUGUGUAGGUGAUUUAAGCAGUCACAAGGAGGUUACUGAAAAGCAUGAAUGGUGGUCAGAAUUUAGAUUUGCUCGAUCUGCUUAUGCAGUGUAGGUUUUGAGUUGAACAUUUUCUGAUUUGAUUAGUCCAGCUUGUAUUCA